AUGAAGACUCCGGUGGCUGUAAUGAAGAGUUGGAGUUUUGUCCUAACAUGUGCGGUCGAAGUUACAGAGGAAGGUAUCGAACUAAAAACAUUAAAAGACAUUUGCGAACCAAAUGCUAGAUGGCUGGAAUCAAACAAAUUAAAACAAUUGUCUAAAACGGAUCCUGCAUUAUGUCCAAAUCAGUGUGGUCGUAGUUAUAGAGGGAAGAGUCGAAAAGCGCAUUUAAAAAGGCAUUUGUUACAUGAAUGUGGGGUACCUAAAAAGUUUAAAUUUUCAAUAGGUUCAGAAAAAUGGUUACCUUAUCUGCAUACGAUAUCAAAAGCAGACCCAGUGUUUUGCCCCAACAGUUGUGGUCGUUGUUAUAAGGGAGAACAACGUAGAGCACAUCUUAAACGACAUUUGGACAAUGAAUGCGGAGUACCUAAAAAAUAUCAAUGUGUUAUAUGUCUGAAACGCUUUUCACAGAAAUGGUCGUUGAAAAAACAUGUGCUCCUAGUACAUAAAAUUAUAAAUAACUUGAUGGAGAUGACCAAUCAGUACUGGAUAGCUAGAUUAGAUGCAAUAUCUGAAUUAAAUCCUGCUGAAUGUCCUAAUAAGAUGUGUUGGCGAAAGUACAAUGGAGGACGCAUGCAAACAACGCUGUACUUGAGUUCAGUAUGCACUGAGUCUGAUCCUGUCAUCUGUCCAAAUAUGUGUGGCAGGCGGUACAAAGUUGUUGUAGCUCGUUUAAAUUUGUUGAGACCACAGGCAAUACCGGACCCAAUGCCUUGUCCAAUGAAUUGCGGUUGUGUGUACAAAGGAAAACAUCGCAAGUAUAUUUUAAAACGUCAUUUGCUCUACGAAUGUGCAAUGCUGAAAGUUAAAUGUCCGCAUUGUCCCAAAUUAUUUAGUCAAAGAGCUCAUUAUAAGUUUCAUUUAUCUUCAGCGCAUGGAGUUAUGUCUAUACCAUUAGAAAAUGAUAUUACAUGGAAGAUGCUCAAAUUGGAGGAGUCUUGUAAACAAGAUCCAGCUGUUUGUCCUAACAUGUGUGGUAGACGAUACGUAGGGGUUGCCAGGAAAUCGCAUUUAAAACGCCACUUGUUUUACGAAUGUGGAGUACCUCGGCAAUUCAAUCUUAUUUGCUGUGAAUCGUCUUGGUUUACAGGAAAAGAAUACACUUGUCCUAACAUGUGUGGCAAAAGAUACACCAGAAAACAUAACCUCAACAGACAUCUCAAUUAUGAAUGUGGAGUGGAACCGCGUUUUACAUGCGAUAUCUGUUUAAAAAAGUUUACUUACAAAGCGAGUAUGAACACACAUCGUGUUACAGUGCAUCACAUUUCACCUGAGUGUCUGCUAUAGUCGUAAAAGGUUGAAAAAUUAGUCACCAAUAAUAAAGGGUUUUCAUUUUUGAAGAGUGUAGAGAUUCAAAAAUGGAGAUGUCCAAAUAUGUGUGGUCGUUCCUAUAAAAGAAAGCAAUACGUGACAAGACAUUUAAAAUACGAGUGUGGUGUGCAACCUCAAUUUGAUUGCGGGUUUUGUCAGAAAAAAUUUACCUACAAAGAAUCACUUCGAAGUCAUCAAGCUAAGAUACACAAGUACAUUCCCUUGUGAAAGUCGACUGUUAUUUUUAUUAACUAUAAUUUUUAGUAUUGUUAAUCAAUAAUAUUUCAAAAAAAUUUAUCUAUAUUUAAUGUUACUGUAAUUAUUUAUUACCAUUGAAAUGUUUUAUUUUUCUAGAGAAAGUGCCUUAAAUGUUUUAGUUGUAUUUUAAUAUUCAUUAUACGUUAUUGUUUUUUAAAUAAAUUAUUUUGAAAACUGAUGUAAUUUUUAAUGAUUCUUCCAAUUAUUACUUUAUUUUAUUUUAUUUUUCAUAUAAGCUUAUAAAUUGAAUAUUAAAAACAUUAACUAAAUAGACGUAAUUUUUAAAUAGAUAUUAUGUUUCUAAAAUAUUUUUAUUAAGGAAUGAUGAAGCAAAUUAAUUUUUUAAUUCAAAUUUUACUUCUAAAUUUUAUUGCCCAUUUAAUUUCUUGAGUUUUUCUAUGUUAUAUUUAUAAUAAUAUUUCUGACUUAUUUUAUUUUUAGAUCUCGAGAAUUUACUGAUUUCUAAAAACUUACACGAUUGGUCGAAGAAAACGAUCAUCUAUUGUGUCCAUAUAGGUGUAGUCGAACUUAUAAAACAAAAAAAAAAUAGAAUAUGACAGCAUAUUUCCAAUGAAUGUGAUCGUAAUAAUAGAAUAAUAGUAAAAAUUUAUAUAAAAUAAUUUUUUCAAUUAUUAUUUGAACAGGGUUUAUUUUUUUUUUACAUUUGAAUAAAUAUGGAUAUUGAAUAAAUUUUAUGUAAUGAUUCAAAACAUGCUACCAAUUCUUUUAGUUAUCAUUAAAGAGUAAUGCCAUAUAUUUUAGAUGUAUUUUUAUGUAAAUUUCUAAAUUUUUUUCUAUCAAUUAUAUGACUGAUGUGGUAGUACAGAGAUUCCUAUGAUUUAAUAUCAUUGAUUCAAUACUCAUUAGUCGCUUCAUUUGCUAAGCAAAUUAUUAUCAAUAUAUACUAUUGUUCUAUCAUAUUUUGAAAAGCUUUGGUGUAUUAAUAAUAAGUGGGAAUUGUCUUCUCCCUUUCCAGGAAUAAACUAAUUAGUCUUUAUAAAGGAUUUUUAUAUAAACCAAAAAAUUAUUGUUUGUUAAAAAAAUCAUAAGUAACGUUUUUUUUCAAACUAUAUAAAAACAAUUUUAAAUUGAUUAAAUCAAUUGCUAUUAAAGAAUGACCUUAUUUCUGCUAAGGAAUUUAAGCGGGAUUUACAUUUUUUCUUCAUGUGUUGACUAAUGACUUUAUAACACAGAACUUGAAUUAUAAAAUUUGUAUAUUUAUUUAUAUUUUUUAAAAAUCUACUACAACUUAAAUGUUUUUACUAACUUAAGUUCAUUUGAAAGCUAUGGUCAAAAUUGAUUAUUUUAUAAAUAUUUUAAAUUUAGUUUUUGUAAAUAUUGAAUUAAUCUUUCGACCUAUCAUUAUAAAAGAACAUAUUUUCUUGAUUAUAGUGUGUUAUAACUUUAUAUACAUGCUUAGGUGUUGUAUACCUUGAUAGGUUUUAAUUUAUUAAUAUACUGAUUACAUUUUUUCUUUUUAGGUACACUGAAUUCUAUUUGCAGUUUUUUCUGUCCAAAAAAAUGUGGCCGAAAGUACAAGAGAAAAAGUGGACUUAUACAACAUUUGACUUACGAAUGCGGAGUUGAACCUAGAUUCAAGUGUUCAGUUUGUGAGAAAAAGUUUGCCCAAAAAUCUGCCAUGAAAUCUCACAUGAUUAAUAUACAUAAAUCAUUCGAUGGAUAUUUUACCUAACAGAUAAAUUGUAUAAAAUUGACGUAGAUUUUCAUUUAAUCUGUUAAAAUUUGUGUUUUUUUAUACCUAUCAAUUAAAUCAAUUGUUUUGUUA